CGCCGAUAUUCUCCACUUCACUCAGCCACAAAAUCACGGGUGCCUUCUCUCAUUCCUCGGCAAAUCCCAUCCCCAAUCCCCUUCCUUCCGAGCCAGAGAAGAGGCGAUGAUAAACGCGAACGGAUCCAACGCCGGCGAAGCGGAGCGAUCGUUGCCUCCGCGACCGACAAAUCCGAUGGUCACUCCUCUCCUCACCGACCUCUACCAGUUCACCAUGGCCUACGCCUAUUGGAAGGCCGGCAAGCAUCGAGAUCAGGCCGUGUUUGAUCUUUACUUCCGCAAAAACCCUUUUGGUGGUGAAUACACAGUUUUUGCUGGUCUUGAAGAGUGCAUAAGGUUGCUUGCUAACUUCAAAUUAGAGGAUUAUGAAAUUGCUUUUCUACGCUCUGCGAUGCCUACAUGCGAGGAUGGGUUCUUUGAUUAUCUAAAGGAAAUUGACUGUGCAGAAGUAGAGGUUUAUGCAAUCCCGGAAGGUUCUGUUGUUUUUCCUAAGAUUCCCUUGAUGAGGAUUGAGGGACCAGUUGCAGUGGUUCAGCUUCUUGAAACUCCAUUUAUGAAUCUUGUUAAUUAUUCCUCUUUAGUUGCCACCAACGCUGCAAGACAUAGAUUUGUUUCCGGGAAGUCAAAAACAUUACUUGAAUUUGGACUUCGACGAGCACAAGGACCCGAUGGAGGAAUAAGUGCUUCAAGAUACUGCUAUAUGGGAGGAUUUGAUGCAACAAGCAAUGUUGAGGCUGGAAGGCUGUUUGGCAUACCGCUUCGUGGGACUCAUUCACAUGCCUUUGUUAGCUCGUACAUUGGCCUUGAUGAAAUCAUUGACAAGUCACUCGUCACUCAUGAUGGUUCGAGAACCUGUCAUGACUUUGUUUCAUUGGUUAGGAGCUGGCUUAGCAAAAUUCAGCUGGCAAAUUCACUGCAUGGUGCUUUUGGUGAAACGAAUCAAAGUGAGCUGGCAGCUUUCACAUCAUACGCUUUGGCUUUUCCAAAUAGUUUCCUUGCCCUAGUAGACACAUAUGAUGUUAUGAAGAGUGGACUGCCAAACUUCUGUGCAGUAGCUUUAGCACUUGGGGAUCUUGGGUACAAAGCAAUUGGAAUUAGGUUGGACUCUGGAGACCUUGCAUAUUUGUCAAUUGAAGCUCGGAAACUUUUUUGUGCAAUAGAGAUGGAAUUUGGUCUGCCUGGCUUUGGGAAAAUGAAUAUCGCUGCUAGCAAUGAUCUGAAUGAGGAAACUAUUGAUGCCUUGAACAAGCAGGGUCAUGAGAUAGAUGCAUUUGGAAUUGGCACAUAUCUUGUCACAUGUUAUGCUCAAGCUGCUCUUGGUUGUGUAUUCAAGCUAGUUGAGAUAAAUAAUCAGCCUCGCAUCAAACUCUCCGAAGAUGUAACAAAGGUUUCGAUACCAUGUAAAAAACGAUGUUACAGGCUCUAUGGAAGAGAAGGUUACCCUUUGGUUGAUAUAAUGACUAGAGAUGAUGAACCACCUCCAAAGGUUGGGGAGAGGAUAUUGUGCCGCCAUCCGUUCAAUGAAUCUAAGAGGGCAUAUGUUGUGCCGCAGUGUGUCGAGGAGCUAUUGAAGUGCUAUUGGCCCGGAAAUUCAGUUAAACCAAGAGCAGAGUUGCUUUCUUUGGAGCAAAACCGAGAACGCUGCUUGCUACAUUUGGAGCAGAUGCGGCCGGAUCAUAUGAGACGGCUGAACCCAACACCCUACAAGGUAAGUGUGAGUGCAAAUUUGUACGAUUUCAUUCAUUUCCUGUGGCUGAACGAAGCACCUGUCGGUGAGCUCCAAUGAAGGAAAGAAACUUGAGAGCUUGCCGGUGAGAAUUCUGGAUUAUCUUCCGAAUGCAUCUUUAUAUGUUCUUGGCCUGACUUUUGGAUUAUCUUCCAAAUGCAUCUUUAUAUGUUCUUGGCCUGACUUUUGCUUCGAUUGCUAUAAUGAAGUGACGAUAUAAACUGACCACUAAAUAUGGGAAAGAAUCCAUUUUUCUCUUCAAAAACUAAGCGGCGUGUAUUUAUUUAUUAAAUCUCAUCAUAAUGUACCAAUUAUAAUUUUAAUCCCUUUUCCACUAA